AUGGACAUUUCUACACCUCAGAAAAGCAAUGACACCAGUACAACUGGGUUUGUCGGCGAAUUUUCCAUUUCUACGCCCACCAAUCCACCAGCAACCACAACACCUUUCCGACCGCCAACGCAAAAACCACAGUCAACACGAAAACCUGCUCAAAGUGAUUUAGACAAGGUCGGGUCUAUCUUGGACACCAUAACCAAUGUUGGGUGGACAUUGCCUAAGUUUCUGUUCAACCUUCUCAAGCUCGAGGACGAGAAGGCAGAUGGAUCACUGAUACCUGUCAAACGAACUAAGAAACACAAGGGGUCGUUGCAAGCCAUGCUCAAUGGCAACUCAAAACCGUACCUUGGUGAAAUACUCCAGCUUCUUUGGAAGAAUGCAAUCGCCACCGAGUUCCGCGAAAACGACAUGUCCAUCGAGCCAAAUGGGAGCCUGUUCAUUCGCGAGGGCGAUCUGAACGCGAUUGAGCAUGCCCAGCCUGCCAUGGUAACAUGGGCUGCUGAGUUGGUGGCCUCUCUUGCAAACGAGGAGUCGCAGAAGAUGGUACACCCUGACACAGGGCUCCAUCUUCGUGCACGAGCGAAGCCUGGUGGACGUGACGCUGCACAUCGAGUGACCUGGGAUGCUGUGUCUUUAUUCAGCCUCAAGUCACUUGAAGGCAUCGUUACUCGGAAUGCACCACUCACCAAAUUUAUCUUCCGUGUCGAGAGCCGUCUUGCCCACUCAGUUGCCUAUCGGACAGUCUAUGACGCCCUCGCGCAGAUGGCCAAACAAACCCUCGAGGACUUGAGGAGCUCAAUCCAGGGUGGCGCUCAGCCGACAUGA